AUGUUUUCAAAACUCAAGAAUUUUUCAGAAGAUGUGAUGAAUGAGUUGAAUAACUUAUCGGAUCAGAAUCUAAAAUCACCGAAAUCUACUACUAGUUCAGAGUCAUUGAAUCAAUUACAGAAAAGUGCCAAAGUUUUGGCCACUGAAACCCCUGAUGUAUCUAAAUUGACGCAACCGUGCGAUGAAGAGAUUUCCAACAACGUAUCCACAGGGGAAGACUCAGAAAAAGCGACUCUGCCUCCAAUAGACAACGCCACUACUAAUAAUGAGUCCGCAGUAGGAGCAGUAGCCCCACAGUCUGAUUUGGAUAACCUUCCGGCGCCUAUCAAAUCAAAAUUAAAGAAAUUUGCUAAAUAUGAAGAAAAGUACCCUAUUUUAUUAGAUGCAUAUAAAAUCGAAAAGAAAAAGAAUGAGAUUAUUAAAAUAUUUGAAAAAGUUUUACAGGAAAAUACACCAGUCAGUUCAUUAUCAGAGGGAAAGCUAUUGGUCGAAUAUUUGAAUGGUCUUAAUGAGAAAACAAAAUUACUCAAUGGUGAGAUUAGAAAGUUGACCAAAGAUAAUAAUAACAUGAACUUCAAAUUAGUUAAAUUAGAGGAGAGCAACAAAGAACUUAACAACGAUGUCAAGCGAUUAGAUACAAUACAAAAGGAAAAAGAAGUAAUGGGGCAAAAGGUCGAUUCCAUGAGCGAAGAAUUGGAAAGAAUCAAUAAUCAUAACGACAAAUUAACGAAAGACCUCAAGGGCAAAGAGGACGAAAUAGAGAACUUGAAACUUGAGAUAACGGAGCGUGAUAACAAGAUUAAAGAGCUUGAGUUUACAGUAUCUACUAGCGCCAAAGAAUUGACUACAGAAUCAGAAAAGGUACCCACUGAAAAGGAAGAUACUGAUAAAGAUAGUACUCUGGAUAAUAUCAACAACAAUUCUGAUACUGUGAAUACUGAAAUUUUGCAAUUAAAAUCCCAAUUAUCUGCCAAAGAAGUUGAGGUUGAAGAAUUGACAGAGGAAAUAACCACUUUAAAAGACCAAUUAAAAGAUAAGAAUGAAGAGAUUCAAGAUUUAAGAGACCUGGUGAAAGAAAUAGGAAAUGAAUUAGUAACAUCUAAGGAUGAAAUCAAGUCUCUUAAGAGCUCUCAAAAAUCCACUGACAGUGAAGAUAGUACGAUCAAAGAAGAUAUUAAUUUGCAAAUAAAAGACUGGGAAUCCAAAUACAAGUCCAAGGUAAAGGAAAAUGGAAACUUGAAAGAAGAAUUGGACUUGGCCACAAGAGAAUCCAAAGAAAAAGAAACAGAACAAAAAAAAUCAGAAGAACAAUUGAGAAAACAGAUUCAAACAUUGAAACAGAAGUUAGAAACAACUGAAAACAAACUUGAAUCUAAGAGCAAAGAUUUAAAGAAUUUGCUGGAUGAAAAGGAAAAAUUAGAAAAACGAAUCUCAGAACUAUCGAAAUUUAAAAGUAACGAUUCAUCAUUGAAGUUAGAAAUUUCUUCAUUAAAAUCUUCAUUAACUAACAAAGAUAAUUCAAUUACCGAGUUAAAGACUCAAGUAGAUGAAUUACAGAAAUCUAAUAAAUCGUUGAAUUCUAAAAUUGAAGAGUUAUCAAAGUCUAACAACAACUUGCAAUCUAAUUCGAUAGGUUUAUUGAAAGAUAAAAAUGAGUUGUUAACCAAACAAGAAGUAUUAAUGGAAAACACAAAGUCAUUAAACCUGCAAGUUACAAAAUUGCAACAAGAAAAGCAAGAUGUUAUUACUGAAUUGGAGAAGACAAAAAACAAGCUAGAUAUUGUUAUCACCGAUAAAUCACAAUCAGCAAACGAUAUGAUAUCUUGCAAAAAGCAACAUGAAGAAUUAAUGAUGAAGUCUAAAGAAUACAGUUUACGAAUUGAGAGCUUGGAGGAUGAUUUGACUGAAGCCAGAAACUUGUUGCAAGAGAGAACACGUGAGACUUCAAAUAUGAGAAGAUUAUUAGUUGAUGCCGAGGAAAUGUUGAAACAACAAAAACAGGAUUCUAAACUUGAAAUUGCAAGAGUAUUGGAGGAUAAAGCCGAAAUAGAAAGAAAUAACAUGUCCUUGGUAAAGAGAAAGCAGCGAGAAUUAGAUGAAUUAAAAGAAUCAAUCCAGGAAUACAAAUUGAAGGUAGAAAAAUUGGAAAACAAGGUCACGGCUCUUGAAAAUGAAGACAAGAGCAAAGAAAGCGUAAGUACUGAUAACCAAACUCAAAUCAAUAAAGAGUUAUCAACUACAAUUGAAACUUUGAGAACCGCAUUAAAUAAUUCCACCAACAAAAUUAGAGACCUUGAAAACUAUAAUAAUAAUCUUAAAAAAUUGAGUGAAGAUAACACAUUAAGGUUUGAACGUUUAUCUAAAAACUAUAAAAUCUUGAAUCAACAGUACCAGUACAUGAAAGAACGGAAAGGUUCUGAAUCUUCAGCAAAACAGAAUACGCCAGUUGAGAGUACUACAGAAAGUAAUAAUAAACAGGCAACAAACGUAGCUUAUUUGAAAAAUGUUUUACUUGGUUUCUUUCAGCACAAGGAACAAAGAGAUCGAUUAUUGCCGGUGUUGAAAACAUUAUUUGAUUUCAAUAAGGAAGAUGAAGAAAAGUUUUUAAUGGCAUUGAAGUAA